CUAACCGUGAAAGCUUUUGGCGGACUUUGCUUCCAGUCUACGUCAAGCGCCCUCGAUAGAUGAUUGCACGAAUCGCGGAGAAUGCUCUCCAGAAGAUAUCUCGACCCGUACCGAGCUUUCGUGGUUAUCUUCGCGCUCAUGAACUUCGUCUGGCUCGCCGAACAGCAUCAACUCUGGUGAGACCUCCGUCCUCGGACGAUGCAGAACUGGUCUCUCUCUUCGACAGACCUCAGACAGGGCAGAAAGCUUCACCGUUAUUCGUUUCUGGUAUUUUUCAGCACCCUCAGCUGACAACGCCAGCUGCGUUUAGCGCGCUCGCUGAUUCAACUCUCGUACGCGCGCAACUCCUGACAGAGCGAAUACUGCGGGCUAGGGAAUCCCGGUCCGAGCUCUUCAAGGUGAUCAAGAAUCUGGACAGACUCAGCGAUCUUCUAUGUGGGGUUAUAGACCUGGCAGAGCUCUUGCGGAAUGCACAUCCUGAUCCUCGGUGGGUAGAUUGCGCUACGGAGAGCUAUGAGAAGUUGUGCGAGUUUAUGAACGUAUUGAAUACUCAUGUUGGGUUAUAUGAAGUGCUGCACACUGUACUACACGACCCAGAGAUCGUCAAGUCCCUCAGUCAGGAGGCACUUCAAACUGCACUUAUAUUCUGGCGUGAUUUCGAGAAGUCUGCUAUCAAACUUCCCCCAGAACAAAGGGAGAGGUUUGUAUCCCUUUCAUCCGAGAUUCUUUCUGUGGGUCAUGAGUUUGUCACGGAAGCUUCUGCCCCACGACCGCCAGUGAAGAUCAAGCCAUCCGAGCUAGAAGGUUUGAAGGACCGAGGAAUGGGUGCUCGUCUUCAAAGACAAGCUUUUUUUACGCAGAAGGAUUUGCUGGUUUAUCCGGGCUCUCAUCAAGCUCAUAUGAUCAUGCGUGCGGCGCCUGACGAAGAACCACGAAGAAAGGUGUACCUAGCGGGUCACGCGAGCAGUACAGAGCAAAUUGAACGCCUUGAGCGGUUGCUACACGCGCGUGCAAAACUGAGUCGCCUGGUAGGCUGGGACAGUUAUGCUGGCAUGACGCUCAGCGACAAGAUGGCGAAAACUCCGGAAAAUGUCAAUCAUUUUUUGGGUACCUUCUUGGAUCACACGACGCUCGUUGCUCGCAAUGCAUUGCACACAUUAAGUCUGCGGAAGCAAGGGCAUCUUAAAUCGACAAACCUUCCUAUUAUCCAGGCAUGGGAUAGAGAUUAUUAUUGCCCACCCGAAGCACCAGCACCACCAGUUCCUCUCCCCCCUCUUUCACUUGGCCGGGUAUUUAUGGGCCUUUCACGACUAUUUAAACACCUUUAUGGAAUAACCUUACGACCCGUUGAUGUUGCCUCCGGUGAAGUAUGGCACUCUGACGUGCACAAAUUAGAAGUGGUUGACGAAGAUAGAGGCGUCGUUGGUUGGAUAUAUGCCGAUCUCUUCGCCCGUAGAGGGAAGUCAUGCGGAGCCGCACAUUACACUGUCAGAUGCUCAAGACGAACGGACGAUGACGACGAAGCUGGCGACCUGCGAAUACCAGGAACAGAUGAAUUUGUUCGCCCGUCUGUCGAAUUUGAAGCCACUAAGCGGCACAGACUACGCGGUGAGCAUGGUGAGUUCCAGCUACCACUCGUAGUCCUGCUUUGCGAUUUUGCACCGCCGUCUGUUGCUCGGGGCCCUACCGUUCUUGAAUGGCAUGAAGUUCAGACUUUGUUCCAUGAAAUGGGACAUGCCAUGCAUUCCAUGAUCGGUCGGACCGAGUACCACAAUGUCGCUGGGACGCGCUGUGCGACCGACUUUGUCGAGCUGCCUUCAAUCCUCAUGGAGCACUUCCUCAACUCCCCCAAAGUUCUCUCCCUCUUCGACACCGACGGCUCUUCUAUCAUCAACCAAACAGGAAAUCACCACGAAGAUCCUUGCCGGUACAUCGAUACCCAUAACAACAUCUUACUUUCUGUGCUUGACCAGAUAUACCACUCCCCCGCCGUGCUAGAGUCAGGCUUCGACUCGACGGCGGCCCUUGCAAACUUGUAUAAUACUCGUGGUUUGAUCCCGCAUGCACCUGGGACGUCGUUCCAGACGCAGUUUGGGCAUCUCUUUGGUUAUGGUGCAACGUAUUACUCGUAUCUAUUCGAUCGCGUUAUUGCAUCCCAUGUGUGGCGGAAGAUAUUCUCUGCCGACCCGCUCAACCGCGAGCUGGGAGACAAAUAUAAGCAAGAGGUGCUGAGGUAUGGUGGUGGGAAGGACCCGUGGUUAAUGCUCAGUGCGCUGCUUGAUGCACCUGAGCUCGAGGUGGGUGACGCAGAGGCGAUGCGGGAAGUUGGUAGAUGGAGGAUGGAAGAUGGUAUCGUUCCGGAAAGACAUUAGGAUUCAUACUACAUUAAUUUGUUCACCACUCCAUUAUUUCUCUCAAACUAGAUCCUAGAGCACAAUCAAUUACAACGAAAAU